AGGAGCUCGAGCUUCUUCCUGCGAAGGAGAUCCAGAGCAACGUGUACAUCAACCAUCCAGUCCGCCUUGAGCAGUUCCUCAUGGAGGGCAGCUACAACAAGGUGUUCAAGUCCAAAGACAACGUUCCGGCGCCCAACUACAGCUUCUUCAUGGACAUUCUGCUGGACACUGUGCGGGACGAGAUAGCACGUUGCAUCGAGAAGGCCUACGACCGCAUCUCCAGCCACGAGGCCACGCGCAUGCUCUUCCUGGACUCGCCGCAGCAGACCGACGUCUACGCCAGCAAACGAGGGUGGACGGCGACGCACAACGUGUACCAGUUCAGCACGGAAGUGAAGCACACGGAAGACGUCAUCUCCACGGAAGACCUAGCAAGCCAAGCCAUAGGCUACGCACGGGAACUCGAAAUGAUUGUCUAGCAGCCCCCACAAUUCAUUCAGCAGUGCUUGUCUGUCCCUUGCUUUUUUUUUAAUUAAGUGUAUAAAAUCACUUCCCUUGGUCUUGUGCUUCUUCAUCAUGGCUCUGAUGCCUGCAGGACUGCUUUGGAGUAGGUGAGUAUAUGCAGAAGUGUUGUCAGAUGCUCCCUAGCAAACAAACAAGUACUCAUCACAAAAGAAGCAGAAACGUAAUAAAAUCAAGGCAUUCUGAAAAUUAUUUUGAAGAUUAAAAUAUAUAUCUCAAAUACAAAUGAAAGUUGGUAUUGGAGUGAUAUAUAAGCUGUCUAAUUGUAUUGCACAGCCAAAAUAUGCAAAACUGUAAGCAAAAACCACUUUUCAAUGUUCUCACUGCAUUCUUUAUUCAGUUGACGGCACGUUUGUCAGUGCACGAUUGACAUUACUUGUUGAUUUUCUGACCAUAUGUUUGACUUGAACUCUCAACUGGAGGGGUGUGCACAGGGGAUGAAGGUCAUUGGAGGUCGCUCAACGACUCAGUCAUUGACAAACAUGCCUUUGGCGAAUGAGAAAGGCGCAUGGGUGAAUGUGAUGAUCAAUAAAAUAACUAUGCAUCUGCUGUGAAAAUG